CCACGUGAUCUCAGUGUAACCAGCAAUGGCAGACGGUGACUGCUGUGACAAUCGUGGAGAUGACUGGGUGUUUUACAAAGACAGGGAGGAAUGGAAGGAUAUCACUCCCAUUCCACAAGAUGAUGGACCACAUCCUGUUGUUCGCAUAGCGUAUUCAGACAAAUUUACUGAUGUUUAUGACUAUUUUCGAGCAAUAUUACAAAAAAAUGAGAUGAGCCACCGAGCUUUUGAACUGAACACAGAUGCUGCAGCUCUCAAUUCUGCAAACUACACUGUAUGGCAUCACAGAAGAAAUCUUAUCAAGGAGUUAAAGUUGGAUCUUAAUGAUGAACUUAUGUAUAUAUCUGAUGUAAUAGAAAACCAUCCUAAAAACUAUCAGGUUUGGCACCAUAGACGAGUUAUUGUUGAAAUGCUUGGGGAUGCCUCAAAGGAAAUAGAUUUCACAGCUAAUAUACUGGAAGAGGACGCAAAGAAUUACCAUGCAUGGCAGCACAGACAGUGGGUUAUAAAGGAAUUCAAAUUGUGGGAUGGUGAAUUAGAAUUCACAGAUGCGUUAUUGAGGCAAGACCUAAGGAAUAACUCUGCCUGGAACCAGAGAUAUUUUGUUAUUACAGGAACCCCAACAUUAACAGAUGAUGUCUUACUGAGAGAAGUGCAUUUUACAAGAGAUAUGAUUAAACAAGCACCUAAUAAUGAAAGUGCAUGGAAUUACCUUAGGGGAAUAUUGGCUGAUAAAGAAAUAAGCCAAUAUCCAGGACUAAUGGAAUUCUGCCACAAGUUGUAUCAGGAAAAUAUCCGCUCUCCUCAUUUAUUAGCAUUCAUGAUUGACUGCUAUGAGAACAUGUUAGAACUUAAAAAGGAUGACAAACAAGCUGCUUUGAACCAAGCAUUAAAGAUGUGUGAAUCCCUGGCAACAGAGUAUGACACUAUUAGGAAAGAAUAUUGGAAUUAUAUAUCAAGAUCCCUAACAUCGAAAUAUGGACAUUUUAAACCUAAUUGAAAAGAAAGUAUGUCUUUGUUGAAAUUUGUCAGACAAGAACAUUUGACAGAUUUCUGACACAAGAAACUGUACUUUUAUAUGUAAUUGUUAUAGGAGCUGUGUGCUAGUCAUAUAAAAUGUACUUUGUGUGCUUUGAUGUUAGUUAAUGGGUCCUUCUCUGUCAGCUUUUGUUCUUGCAUUGUCACUCAAUAUCCAAACUAAUAAUAAUAAAAAAAAUUUCCUGGAUCAGGUACCUAAUAGAUUGAGAAGCAUGACAAGGAAACUACAUUGGAAAAUUGCUGCUGGAUCUUUACUCAAAUAAAAUAACAACAUACUGUACAUAGUCUGGGCUUACCCUGGGGUGAAGUUGCUUCUAGUCAAAUAAGGUGAUAAUUUUAGCAAAAUGGGAAAUUAGAACAAAUUUAGCAAUGAUGAAUUUGGUAAAAUAUAAUAAAACAUUUAACAUUUGUCUUGCUUAAUUUGGAAGAUGUUUAGCUUUUGUUUUAAGUCACCAAGGUGAGCCCAGUUAACUUGAAAAGCUGGCUGUGUUUCAAAAUUGGGAAAAAUUUUGUACAUUUAUACCUAAGGCAGAGUGACUUUGAAGAAACUAAAAUGCAACGCUUUAAAUCAACUUUGUAGAAAUGGUUAAAAUAGUUUUAAAGUUAUGUAGAGAUAUAUGUAAUUGUCAUAUGAAUUUCAAUGUAAAAUGAAACUGCAGAGCAGUUAAUGAAUAGAAUAUCUUGAAAAUGAUA